AAUCGCGCUCUGCCCAACCAAGUAAGCAGUUGUCUUUGGAAGUUCGUCAGAGGUUCCACUCGAUCGUAACCCCUCACCCGGCAUCCCCCACCAUUGCGACAAGCCGGCGCAGUCAUCGCCGCCGAGCUCUACAGCGUUAGAUACGCCCAUCAACAAACAGCCAGAGUGUCGAUAAGUCAACUGCCUGGCUCAUUAGUAGGCCGACCAUCACCAAAACUUUGAAGAGAAGAGAGAAAAUUAAAAAAAAAAACAAGGGGGAAAAAGAGGGGGGACCUAAAAGUGAGAAGCAAACAAAAAGGGAAAAAAAAUAAAAAAAAUAAAAAACCUCCAAGAUGACUGGCCCAGCCGAGGCAAAGGACCGCAUAACCUGCCACGUUCUCGACACGACGCUCGGCCGGCCGGCGCGCAACGUGCGCGUCAAGCUGGAGCUGAUCUCGACCGAGGUGGCGCCGACGACGCCGCCGCCGCAUCGCGUGUUCGAGUCGCAGACGGACGACGACGGCCGCGUCCGCGCCUGGCUGCCCUACAGCUCGGCCACCUCGUCGGGCGAGGUGCCCGUGUGCACGCUCGAGGACGUGCUCGGCGGCAUCCGCGGCCCCAGCCGCUGGACCCUGCGCUUCGACAGCGCCGCCUACUUUGGCGGCACCGACAAGACCUUCUACCCGGAGGUCGACGUCACCUUCACCGUCCGCGAGGGCGAGCGCUACCACGUCCCGCUGCUGCUGGCCCCCUAUGGGUACUCGACCUACCGGGGGAGCUGAGCCUUGAGCAGCGGGUUGUCGGAGGGGGAACAAGGUUUAGAGAGGGGGGGUAAGAAUGCUGCUAUUAAGUUUACCUUGAGUGAUGUGCGGUGGUCGCGGAAACAGGCUGCUUUGGAAGGCUACUGCUGUAGUUGCUUGAGAGGGCUGGAAGGGGGCUAGGGAGGCCACAACUGUCUUGCGGAACGAUCUCCGGCUGUAUGUACUUUCCUUUUCCUGUCUUGAUCUGCCGUCUUUUAAGCAUUGUGUUGAAUCAAACAUUCAAACUGCCCAUGGC